CGGGAGGUCACGAGGGCAGCGGGGGGUUUGAAUCAUCCAAUGGGGGAGCGGUGCGCGGCGUCCCGGGGGCGGAGCCGGAAGUCGCUCUGCGCGUCCUGGAGCUGCAGCUGUUCGUCCGGCAGCCGCUGCAGGAGCUGCUGCCACAGCUUGGGCUCGGCGGGGCUGCCGGCGCCCCGGGCUCUGGGUCUCCAUGGCAGCGGCCGCAGCCCGUGCAGCUACCGCGGCCUCAUCCACAGCUUCGAGGAGGUCCUGAGGCGACGCCUCCGGGGCCGCAUGAGAGCCUCAUGGUUGUCCCCAUCUGUUAGGAGUGGAAUUGUUGUCACGGCUCCGAAAAAAGCUCUGUUAGGAUCUGAGACGCAGGUGCUAUCUCAAAAGCCCAAGCAGAAGAUGAAAGGGGACACCGUGAAUGUGCGCCGCAGUGUCCGAGUCAAAACCCGAGUCCCCUGGAUGCCCCCGGGCAAAACAUCUUGCAGAGAAUCAUCCUACAAGUGGGAGGGACCAACCCAUCGCCUGGAGAUCACCCCGCCCGAUUCGGAAAAAUUGCUGUCAGUGCUGCGCCUGAGUGACCUUUCCACAGACGAGGAGGACGCCAUUCACUGCAAAAUGAACAAGUACGAGAAGAAGAUCGACAGCCUGUUGAAUGUUGUGGGCACCCUGAAAAACGAGGUCAAAAUGCCAAAACGGGAGGAUUCGCGAUGCGUGGCCAAGCGCCUGCUGGAAGAGCGGAAGGAGGAGCUGGACGAGGUCACCCAGGAGCUGGUUGAGACAGAACAUGAGAACACCGUCCUGCGGCGCAACAUUGAGCGGAUGAAAGAAGAGAAAGAUCUGAGCAUACUCCAGAAGCGCCACCUGCUGCACGAGAAGGAGUGUCUGAUGGCCAAGCUGGUGGAGGCCGAGCUGGACGGAGCUGCUGCCGCCAAACAGAUCCAGGCCCUGAAGGACGCGAUUGGGAAACUGAAAUCCGAAAAGCACAUGACCUCCUCAGACAUCAAUACGCUGACGAGGCAGAAGGAGCUGCUCUUGCAGAAGCUCAGCACGUUCGAAGAGACCAAUCGGACGCUCCGGGACUUGCUUAGAGAGCAGCACAGCCGGGAAAAAGACUCUCAGAAGCUGGCAGAACAGCAAGCAGCCCUUGUGAAACGCCUGACGGAGGCCGACACUGAGAAAGCGCUAUUGAUGAGGAAGCUCCAAGAUAAAGAGAAGGAAAUAGAUGAUCUGAUGGUGCAGAUACAGACAGAAAAGGAUCAAGCCAAGACAGCAGCUGAACUCUCAAAGUCUAUGGAAGCCGUGAGGGGACAUUUGCAGGCCCAGCUGCGGAAUAAAGAAGCUGAGAACCAUCGCCUGGGUAUCCAGAUUCGGAAUCUGGAACGUGUGGCCGCCCAGCACAAGGCAGAGGUGGACAACAUCAUGGAGCAGCUGAAAGAGCUGAAGGCGAAAGGAGAGCGGGACAAAGAGGCCCUGAAAAUGGCCAUCAAGGCACAGAAAGAGCGAGCGGAGCGGAGUGAAGAAUACGCUGACCAACUGAAUGCCCAGCUGGCCGAAAAGGACGCCUACGUUGCCGAGGCCUUGUCUACCUUGGAGUCCUGGAGGAACCGCUACAAUCAAGUGGUGAAAGACAAAAGCGAUCUGGAGGUGGAGAUAGUGAUGUUGAACAACCGCAUUACAGAUCUGCUGGAGCAGCAAGCCGCCAUGGAGGAGAAGAUGCGGGAAGACCGAGACGCUUUGGUGGACAAGCUCCAUCGGCACGCAACGGAGAGCACCUCCUUCAAGAUGGAGAAUGAGAGGCUGAAGAACAGCAUGGCUCCUGUGGAGGAGAGGCUGAAUCAAGCUCAGGAUGAAGUGGCCAAACUCAAAGCAUCCCUCAAGAACUAUGAAGGCCUGAUUGAGUCCUACAAGAAUCAGGUGUUGAAAACCCGAAUGGAAGCGGACGAGGUGACCGCGAAGCUGGAGAGCUGUGAUAAAGAAAACAAAGCACUGAAGGAAGAAAUGAACAAAGAAAUUGAAAAUGCUCGUAAGCAGUUCCAGAACCAGUUGGCGGAACUCGAGAAGCUUCCGGAGAUCUUAAGGAUGACCGAGACGAAACUGGCCGAGUGUCAGGAUCAGCUCAAGAGUUACGAGAAGAAGAACACGGAUCUCUCGGCCAUGAUUACGGACCUCCGUCAGCGGAUUGAGCUUCAGGGCGACAAGAUGGAGUUGACGAGAGGAAAGUAUCAGGUGGCCCAGGAGGAGAAUAAGCAGCUGGUCCUCAAGCUGGAGGAGGUCGAGAGGAAGCUGGAAGUGGCGAGCAGACAGAACAUCGAGUUCCUGCAGGUCAUCGCCAAAAGGGAGGAGUCGAUCCACCAGUCCCAGCUGCGCCUGGAGGAGAAGACCCGGGAGUGCGGCUCCCUGGCCCGCCAGCUGGAGAUGGCCAUCGAGGACGCCAAGAGGCAGCUGGAACAAACAAGAGAGCGGGCGGCCGCCAGGGAAAGGACAGCCCAGUCCAGGAUCCUGGAUUUGGAGACCCAGCUGAGCCGGACAAAAACGGAACUGAAUCAGCUGCGGCGGGGCAAGGAGGACGCUGAACGUCGUUACGAGAGCCGCCUCCAGGACCUGAAGGACCGGCUGGAACAAUCCGAGAGCACCAACCGCAGCAUGCACAACUACGUCCAGUUUCUCAAGUCCUCGUACGCCAACGUCUUUGGAGACAGUGCCUUAACGAGUUCCCCCAUCCGUCCUCGGUCUCCCCUGUGACCCCGUCUUUCUCCCUUUAACAUCCAGGUCCGCUCUGAUCACCAGCUCAGUUUGGUGGCCCUUUCAAAGCCAUAUCCGAUUUCAGAAGUGGGGAGGCCUCCACCCUCUGUUUAGAUUAGCAAACACCACUUCCCCUUGGAGAGUUGGGGUGUCAGGUCAUGCUGUGGAUGUGAAGCUGGCAUAUGUGGGGGACAUGAUCUUCUCCAUCUCCCCUUAGUGCCUUACCAAGGUUGCACCUUUUGCGUGUAACUGAUGGGGUUUUAAUUUUUUUUUUUAAGAAAAAGAUUUGUAAAUUCUUUUGUCAGUUUCUCAGAGCUCAAAGAUCAUGUUUACCCGAUGCAGAGCUAAGUGGGAUUUUUAAUCAGAUGGCGGAAGGGUGUUUGCUAGCAAUGCUCCAUAAGGUCCCUUCCCUUGCCCUAUAUUUGUUCCAGCUGUUCUAGGAAGUUGUGAUCUGCUCCAAUAGAGAAUAGCAGCAAGAGAUGGAGGAAAAAUCCUUUCACAGAAUCCCUUUUGAAGAAAUGUUCUCUCGCACUGGCUAUUCUAUGGUAAAGAAUUUCCAGGUUCCACAGCAAUAGAUUCACAUUUUUCUUUUCAUUCACUCUUUCUGUACACUUGACUUGCGUUCCGAGCAUUUGUCAAAUACACAUAAUAGUUUUACUUUCAGUUGGGGUGUCUAUGUGACUACUAUGUUGUGUAGCUCCUCCAUCUGAGCAGCACAUUCUGAUCUACACCAUCCGUGGGAGGUGACCAUUUUGCUCUAAAGAAGCUGUUAAAACAGCCCAUAACUCUUGACUUUUGAGCUUGUGCAAAACCAGAUUUCUCAUGGAGAACAUAAAAGUAACACUUCUGUCUUCCAGGUAUUUAUCUUUAUAUCACUUUCUCUUCCUGAAUAAGUGGUGGUGGUGGUGCAGGAGAUAGCCAACUGGGUUGCUGUUUUGAGAUUUUAUUAUUUAUAUAUGAACUGGGUUUUUUAAUGCAUUACAGUGUGAUUUUUUUACAAAUUGGAAAGGUGCUAUGAUAAAGGUUUGGUUUCUUUACUA